AUGGAAUUUAUGCGAGAAGACAAAGCGCCUAACGACACAAAAAAAAUAAGAAGUAGAUCCUCUAGUAAAGAAAAAGAACAAGCCACCACUCCUUAUGUUAAUCUGAAUGAUAGAAAAAGUAAAGAUAGUGAAAAAGAGGUUGCAAAGCCAAAACCGCUUAACGAAUAUGAGAGGAGGAAACAAUUGAUAAAAGCGAAGAUGAAAUACAAGACCAAGUCAUUCUGGAACGAGUCAAAGUACAAUUACAUAGAAGGACUUAACUGGAUUUCAUGGAAGUGA